UUUCACGCAUGCAAAUCCACUCCCCUUUAUGGGACAUUUCAAUACUUGUAGAACAGGAAAAUUUCCAUUUGAAGCUUGGACUGCAUAAUAAGAAAAAGGAAACUGAAUUGUUUUACGGCUCUGUUUUUUGGGUGGUACAUUUGGUGGCUUCAUUUUGAAGGAGUCCGCAGCCGAGAACAAAAUACAUACCCUAUCAGAGUAUCAGGCCGUCCGAUAAGAAAUCAGUGAUCAAGAUCGAGUACAGAUUGGCUGCUACAGGUUGGAGUGUCUAACUAUCUAUUUGUUGUGGGAAAAUGGAAAUAACCUAUGUUUGAUCCCGAGCGUUGGUUAAUUCCGAGUGCUUGAUCGUGUGCGUUGAUUGCUUGCUUGCCUGUCCCUAAACGACCUGCUUAUGGUGCUUGGUUUGCAAUGAAUCCUUAUAAAGGCCACCAGCCAUAUACAGGGGAUGCAAUACGAGCGAAGUGAGCUGUUUUGGGGGUGACAUUAAGUAUCUGCAGGUAACAAGGAUGGGGCACAUUGCUGAUCCUGCCGGCGCUGUAGUUAUUGGCUGCAAAGUGCUGCCGAUCUUCAACGAGCAUGGCAUCGUCGACGGUGCGAUGAAGAAGAUGGUGCAUAAGAUCGACGGCAAGAAGGCCGUGGCGCGGGUGAAGGAGCUUCUGAAGCGGGCUGCUCAGGCCAGGCCUCACAGCGCGACCGUCAGUGGCAAGAAAUGGAAGGUCCUGAGCUUCCAGGCAAGGGCGGGGGCUGGCGCUGCAGCGAAGGGAGGGCAGCAACAGCAACAUGGAGAGGCAAGCGACGACGUGAGCUGCAGCUCGAGCAAGCUGAGCUUCAAGUGGGACGUGGGAAGCUGCUCAUCGGCGUCUGCGUCGGCGGUUCUCUACUCGCCGCUGUCGUUGGUGUCGGCACCAGCAAAGGCAGCGGAGCAGAUGCUGACGCCGUCGAGGAAACAGCAGUGCAUGUCGAGGCUGUCGUCCAUGAGCCAGCAGAGCGUGAUUGCCAGUAUGUUGUACAGCAGCAGCAGCAGCAGCAGCAGCCCAAAGAGCAUGGAGCAGCAGGCGGAAGAGGAAGAAGGCUGCAGGGUGGGGCACUGGAUCACCACCGAUUCAGACUUUGUGGUGUUGGAGCUCUAACUAGUGAAGAUGUGCGAAUAAGGGCAUACAUUACAUAGAGAGAGAGGGAUGGAGAUGAAUUCGGCAGCGGGCAGGGGAAGGGAGGAAUUGAAGCAGCAGAGUUCCUUCCAUGAGAUGAGAUGAGACCAGACCAGACGAGACGAGACGGAAUUGAAGCAAGCCUAGAAUGAAUGAUUGAAGAUCGAUAGAGUCUGAGGAAUUGAAGCAGAAUUGCUUGUGAUGAAGUUUUGUGCUUCUAGAUACUAUGCAUGUAGAGUACUUAUGUGAUUAGGGAGGGGGAGGGUGUUUAAUUCUGAUAUAUAGGUAAUAAAUCAAGCAAACCACCCACCCACCCACGCUUGCAGUUAAUGUCAUGAUAUAGUCCAUUUGUGCGUGUUUCUCUCUCAUCAGUAUUAUAUAUAUAAUUGGCUAGCUGCUUGUUCUGACA